AUGCGGGCGGAGAGUAGGGAGGAGCUUGUGGCGCAGUAUGUGCAGGAUUUCGACUCGACGGUGUAUGUGUACCUGGUGACUUCGUCGCUGGCCCUCGUUCUCUGCACCCUCUCCUUCUCGCUCUACGCAUCCAUCCCUGCCCUCCGCAAGCACCCGUCGUCCAUCAUCUUCUGGAACCUGGUCGCCGACGCCGCCUUCUCGCUCAAGUUCUUUCUCUCAUCGGUGGCAUGGCUUGCUCGCUCGCCGGUUGCCCGGCCGGGCCUCUACGACCACUCGUUUCAUCUCAUCGCAGACUCGUGCGUCUCCGCCGCUAUCUACGGCGAGUUCUGGGGCGUGACCACCGGCGGGUACAACUUUGUGUGGGUCUUCAACUUUUAUCGUGAGCUCAAGGCGCCACUCAUCUCCACAAAGUCCUCGAUGAAGUUCUACCACGCUUAUGUCCUCUUCAUGUCGCUCAUCGGCGUCGCUGCCGUCCUCGCCAACCAUCACUUUACCGUCUCGGGAGAUCUCACCUGCUGGGUCGCCAUCCACUCGGUCGCCGCCUGGUACACCGACAUUCUCAUCGUCAUAUAUGGCGGCUUUGGCUUCUACACCCUUGUCUACCUUGUGGCCUGGCGCCUCAAGGGCCAGCUCAUCUUUGCCCGCUCGCGCCGGGCUCAGCUCCUCAAGCACCACGCCUGGUACGUCCUUGUCUUUGUCGUCUGCUGGCUCCCGCCGCUCAUCUGGCGCCACACGUACUCGGCCAUCUACGGCGCCGAUGCCCAGCAACCGCACCUCCUCCGCCUUCUCACUGCCGCCAUGUACUCGGGCCAGGCCGUCCUCAUCUGCUUUGUGCGCAUGCUCGAGCCUUCGGUCCGCCGCGUCCUCUGCUCGCGCCUGCCAUGCUGCCGCCGCUUCUUCCCGCCGCAAACCGGCUACGAUGAGCUGGCUACCGUCGACGCACCCGAUUGGGACACGCUCACCGGCAUUGUCUCCAUCCAGGGUGACGCUCCUGGCUCCGGCCUGCCGCGAGUCACCACCCCGUACACUGCCCUUCUCUCCCCGUUCGGCGACGAGCCGGCCAUGCGCUACGGCUCCGUCUCGCCCGUCAGCUCAUCCAAGAUCCGCCUCCGCACCCCCACGCUUGUCGAUCCCAACGAAGUCCGCGGUUGGGGUCUUGGCUCCGAGUUCCGGGUCGAGAUGCUCCUCUGCAUGCUCUCUGGUGUCUGUCAAAACCUCUACGAUGCCAAGGUCCGUGAGACGCAGGAAUUUAUACGCACCGCGCCGCUCACCGAGCUCCGCAAACUUGCCGAGGUUAAGACAAGGUACUCGUUCAAGUUCAAGUUCCGCAACGCAGGCGUUACCUCGUCCCUCCACGACACCGACGACGUCGGCUCGAUCACCGACUCGGCCAUGUCGGGUGCGUUUGACACCUUUGACGCUUCGCCAACCGGCAAGGCACCGCCAUCGGGCGAGUCGCGCCACCACAUCACCGUCUAUGCCGCAGAUCUGUUUGAGGCCAUCCGCGGCGUGUGCUCGGUCUCGGCCGCAGAGAUUGCCCGCGUCAUCUCGCCCGACCUCUACCGCGCCGGCCGCAUCAAGGCCUCGUUCUCGGCUGCCCGCUCCGGCUCGUUCUUCUGCUUCUCGGCUGAUGCCCGGUUCAUGGUCAAAACCAUGCCGUCGAAGGAAGUCGCCGUUCUCCUCCAACUCUUGCCCGAGUACUACUUGCACCGGACGAUGAACAAGUCCACGCUCCUCUGCCCCAUCCUCGGCCUCUACGCGCUUCACGUUACCCAGUUUGAGACCGUUUACCUCAUGGUCAUGGGCAACGUGCUCGGUGAUGUCAAGCACGAUGCCGUCUACGAUCUGAAGGGCUCGACCGUCAAUCGCAUGUCUGCCGGCCGUGCCUCGUCGCUGCACUCGGCCUCGGGUCCAGAGCCGUCGCCGCUGGCCGCGACGACGCCAACCACUCCGGUCCUGGGGCUUCUGUCUGGCCGCACCGCCGCUCUCUCGCCCGGCUCGAGCGCCGCCGGCUCGCCCGAGUCAGGCUCCAAGCUGGACGCCGCCAACACGGGCAAGUCGUCAGGUUUGCUGAUGGACAACGACUUUGCUGUUGACUUUCCAGCAGGCCUCGCCAUCAGCGCCCGCGCAAGGCGGCGGCUGCUUCGCCAGCUGGAGAGUGACGCCCGCCUCCUCACCGCCCACAACCUCAUGGACUACUCGGUGCUGGUUGGCGUCUCGCGGGUCACGCCCGACGGGCCGCAACGCCCGGCCCGCGACUUGCUUGGCGACCCGCUGUGGGUGCUGAGCUCGACAGACGGCGAAUACGUGUACGCGCUGGGCAUCAUCGACCUCUUCCAGCGGUACAACGUGUCGAAAAAGGUCGAGCGCUCGCUGAAGAAGCUCCGCCACGCCUCGCGGACCGUCGACAUCUCCGCUCUCCCGCCCGAGGGCUACGCCGCACGUCUGCUGCGGUUUGUGGCCGACUCGGUCUUUCCGUAG